AUUUCAUUAUUUUGUUUAUUUACUCUAUUCCUGUGGGAGCUCAUUUCAAGAGUUCUCUCAUAUCGAGUCCAAGAGGUACGAUCUCUUUGUCCCAGGAUCAGUCCUACCGGAGAAUCCUGCUGGUCGAGCCCCAAUCAGGGAAUUCAGCAGGCUUGCCUGAGCUUGCAGAUCUACAGCAACGCCAGAUCCCACCAUUGAACAUUGAGGGAUCCCUCGAUCGCUUGGCGCAUAGGGACUAGGUCCUCAACUGACGCGGACAGACCCCAAGGACGAAACAACGCUUGUCAUAGAUCUCAUACACAUAUCAUCCACGGCAGAACCUUGACAUGGUGGGCAAGACGCUACCUAGAAAAUUGGUCGUGUUGGGAGAUGGAGCCUGUGGAAAGACAUCCCUCUUGACGGUCUUUACGAAAGGCUACUUCCCAACGACAUAUGAACCGACCGUAUUCGAAAACUACGUCGAGAUCAUGUCUAUUGAGGGACAGACCGUUGAACUGAGUCUAUGGGAUACCGCCGGACAAGAGGAUUUUGACAGAUUGAGGUCCUUGUCUUACGCCGAUACGCAUGUCAUCAUGAUAUGUUUCUCGGUCGACAUGCCGGAUUCGCUUGAGAACGUCGAGACAAAGUGGAUAGAAGAAGUGAAUCAAUUCUGUCCAGGUGUCAAGAUCGUUCUCAUAGCCCUCAAAUGCGAUCUACGCGAGGACCCGACUGUUCGUGAAAAGCUUGAACGGAGGGGGAUGCAUACGGUGACUUAUGACGAAGGCUUGGCGGUAGCGAGGAACAUCAGGGCAAAUCGGUAUUUGGAAUGUUCGGCGAAGCACAACCGAGGUGUUCAAGAAGCUCUUCAUGAAGCUGCUCGAGUCUCUAUAUCUACGAAACCGAAAGGGAAUGGAGGAGGACCAGGAGGAGGGGGAGGAGGUGCGAAGGGAGAUCGACUUGGAUCUUGCUGUGUCGUGCAGUAGUCAAGAGAAGGCUCGUUUGGACAAUUUGCUGGGAUCUUUGGCUCUCGCUGGUCGUGUUGUAAUGGUAUCUGCAUGGAUGGAGCGGACAUUUUGCAUUACAAAAGCCAUCUCACGUCAGGACGAUCAUGACCUACACUUGAUGACGUGCAACAAUGGACGGACUUUGAAGAAUCCCUUCCCCCUUAAUCUCCCAAAAGAAGAGAUGAAUGGGCCUCUCCUUUGACCCAGUCUAUGGCCGAGACACACCCUCGGUCAGUCACAGCCAAGCGGUAAGUGUCAAGUCCCCGUGUGCCAAGGGGGUUUGACACAAAAGACCAAGAUGCACCGCAGGUCAUA